AAACCAGUUGUCUAUUUCAGUUGGUCGUUUGUCCUGAUCUGCAUAUCACUUGUGACUCCCAGAUUUUGCAGAUUAUAGUUCUCUCUGUAUCUUUAACUUGUGAAUUUCCUUAAGUUAAAAAAAUUAAAUUUUGGAAACGUUCUUCUGAAAUCGCACCAAUGACUACUUCCAUGCCUGUGCUGAUGUUUCGCGUGGGACAGCGCUUAUCCACCACGGUUCAGGUUACCAGCGUCCGCUUUGUGUCUGCAGGCGAUCAACGAGCGCGUACUUCUCCUGGUCACUCAGCCAAGCUGCCUGGCAAUGUCCACCGCGAGGAACGACCCGCUGUAAAGAGCCUUAUGCAGGAAAAGCCAGAAAACGAUAACAGGAGGGGGCCAGCUUUCAAGGGCGCCGAGGAAAUCUUGCACGAGGCAUACGAAGAAGGUGGUGUGAAGGAUGGAGGCAUGGAGAAACGUGCUGUUCAUGCACAGCCUGUCACCGGUAAUCAAUCAACCGCGGAGAAGGAUCCAGUUGGCAGACGCCGCUAUUCCACGUUCAUGGGCUCGAUGAACAUUUUUCCCGGGAUCAGAGGUCGGAAAUUCAGUACGGAUGUUUGCAAGUGCAGAGAAGCAGCCCCUGUGACGGGCGCUAAAGGAGUUAAGCCAGACCAUGAUGUGGAUUACGAUGCCAAAACCAGCGGCGGCCAAAGGCCCAAAGUGAAGAGUCCUGUGGGGCAGGUUAUUGGGAAAGAAGGUUUAGAGUCAACGGAUGGCGGGAAGCAUCAGGAAUCCAGUGAUGUUAAAGCCAAUGUAAAAAACAAAGAAAAGCCUGGUUGGGGCAAAACUUCAAACAUGUCGCCGACGUGUUGAAAUCAGCAGUUGCUGCUGUUUGUAAUAAUUCUGAUGUGAGCUAAUGGUUGAUUUAACGAUCAGAUAAUAUACCUAUGCUGGCUGUGCGUGGGAUAUAUGGGAGAGAUGUAUGCGUAGUCGUAGUCGUAAUAAAGACAUGGGUUGGUUUUCACUUCAUUGCUUGAAAAUAUUAUAUAUUAUUUUGAUUUGUGCUAUGUAUCUGCCCUUUAAGAGUGAAUUUACUCGUAUCCUGUGUGAGUUUUAAUUCUUUAAGCAGCUUUAAAUUGUUGACUGGAAUAUUUGACCAUUGCGAUAAAAAAUUUCCCAUCGCUA